AUGAAAGAGAGAAGAAGCAAAGGCGUUGAGGCUGCGGCUUACCAUCACGAUAAUGACUUGAUGGAUUAUCAGUAUUAUUCUACCUCUGAUCUUCCCUGUAAGAAGCAUCCCUCUUCUUCUUCGGGGGGUAUCUGCGCGUAUUGUCUCAAAGAUCGUUUGGUGAAGCUUGUGUGCUCUGAUUGUGGGGAACAAAGACUUUCCUCUUGCUCUUGCUCUGAGAUCUCUCCCAAUCGAAAUUCUUGUACUGUUGAGGUCGGAAGCGUCGGAAGAGUUUCCUUCCUGAUCGAGAACGAGAAGAACGAGACCUUGAUUCCGCAUUCUAAACCUAAAUUGCAGGAUAAAGCGGAUGAGUUCGUGAUUCUCAGGAGGAGCAGCAGUAACAGCGUCGACCUCAAGCGGAGUGGAAAGUUCUGGAGAAUCGGCAAAUUGUUUAGGAAGAAGAAAGAAAAGGACUGUGGAAGAAGCGUUAAUGGCGGAUUCGAUGAGAAGAGCGACACGUGGGCGGGCGAUCACGGAGGCGUCUCGAGGAGCCCGGAGCUCCAUUUCUGCGGCGAGAAGCUCCGGCGUGAACGGCGGUCUGCUUCUGGAAUCUGGAAGAAGAAGCGGCUACAGUGA